CGUGCUUAGCAACCAUUGGCAACGGCCUGUGUAUCGGGUAGUAGGCGAAAGUGGACAUUGAUACAUGUCAUUUCCUCUACGACACGAGCCAGUGCAAAUGACGCGUGUUCUGUAUGGUCGCGUGAGAAAUGUUCUAAAACGCGUAUUUUCUUUGAUGUGUGCACCGCGAAAUCAGCUGUUUGUGAUGGGAAUGGCACUUGGAGGAUCUUACGUUUUAUACAAAGGAACUUUUAUUCCGAAAUAUUCCUACUGCGUCGAAAGCGCCGAGCCAAUCUCAGAAAAGACAGACAAAGCGAUCCAAUUUUCUAGAGAGCUCAUUCGGAGAAAAAAGGUCUCAUCUCUAUGAUGGAUGAAUCUGGCGUACCGGGCAUUGUUGUCGCCGUCAGUGUGGACGGAGAAACGCUUUGGGCGGAAGGUAUCGGCUACGCAGAUGUGGAAAAUCGUGUUCCCUGUACGAGGGGCACAUUGAUGCGAAUAGGCAGCGUGAGUAAAGCCAUUGCUGCGGCGGCCGUGGCUAAGCUCUGGGAAGAAGGAAGACUGGACCUGGACAAACCCAUCCAAGUGUAUGUCCCCAGUUUUCCAGAAAAGACAUUCCAGGGGAAAAAGGUGACACUUACACUUCGUCACCUGUUGCAUCACCUUGGAGGGAUUCGUCACUACAAGACACCCACAAAAAAUGGAAAGGAUAAAACUAAACCAGAGGACACUGACAGGCCAGAUGCAGAGAUGGAAGAGUUCUAUAUGAAUCGCAAGUUCAAGACCACCGUGGAAGCCCUGGAGCUCAUUAAAGAUGAUCCGUUACUUUCUGAACCAGGAAGCAAAUACCUGUAUACCACACUGGGAUGGACCCUGGUGUCUGCUGCAGUGGAAGGUGCCAGCAAAGAGUCUUUUCCAAAGUACCUCAACAAGGUGCUCAAAACUAUUGGUAUGACCAGCACCUACUUGGACAAAAAUGAACCCAUUAUCUACAACAGAGCCAGAUUUUACCACCGUAAUGACAAGGGGCUGCUGACUAACACACCGUGCGUGAACAGUUCCUACAAGUGGGCAGGUGGUGGUCUCUUAUCCAACGUGGACGAUCUCCUCCUCUACGGGAACUCUAUGCUGUGCAGUCUGCAGACACCAGAGGACAGUGUGACACCGGGUUUCCUGAAGCCCUCCACUGUCAAGGCCAUCUGGACACCAGCAUCAGAGACCUCUUGUCUUUGGAAAACUUCGGGGAAAUAUGCGUACGGGAUGGGAUGGGUGCUGCCCGCACAAGGGCCUCUGUGUGCAGGCUGCAAGGAGGAGGGACCCUUCGCAGCGUUGCAUACCGGAGGAUCUGUAGGAGCGUCAUCCGCGCUGGUUGUCUUGCCAACACCUUGUGGUGAGGCCAUCCACGAAUGCAGGUGGAAGGAUACACCUCGUGGUGUCGUCGUGGCCAUCAUAGGAAACAUGAGUUCGGUGGGGUAUGGAGGGAUUGCUCGACAAAUCGCCAUUCACUUUGCAGAGUUGACUAAAUAAUGUCGUUGGCCGAUAUCGACGUCAAAUAUUACUUGUUUAGAAUCAUUCGAGACACUCCGCUAAUUGGUUCAUUCAAUAUUUCAGUGACGCUCAUUUUGGGUAAUACAAGUUCAGCUACCAAGGUAAUUGAUAUGAAGGCAAGUGAAAGAGAGACACCAAUAUUACAAACAGGGACUGUUCUUCUUCCCAGAAGAAGAACAGUCUCUGUUGGAAAUGUUGGUGGCCUCUCAUCCACUUGCCUUCGUACUUCCUUACUGGUUCGCUGGAUUUUCUACCCAUCUAAAGGUAAUUGAUGUCUUGUAAGUGAGGAAGAAAGCAAUUAAGGCUAUGAAGAAAACGAGAAAUGUGCCAAUAAAGCAACAUGUGCGUGGAAUAAAUGGAUGCUCACAUUUAUUGGCAACCAACACUCACCCUGAUGACAUGGCCAUUGUGUAGAGAAGGACAACUCCGACAAUGUUGACAACACAGUGCUGCCCGGGGACACUACGGUGGCCACAUGGUUGCCUUCUUACAGAAUAUUUACCACCAUUUCGUUGAAAACAUGUUGCGGUGCAUUGCUCAAUUAAAAGGACGCUAUUUAUCCUCUCUGUGGAAUGAAAGAUGGCGACACCAACACAAAGGGAACAGGAUUCAUCAAUUGCGAUUUAUAAGCCAAGGACAAUGCGCCUCGGAUUGGUCCCUGGCAGUGAUUGGACAAAUCGCUCGUAAAUGGAUUUCUCCCAUUCCUUUUGUUCCCAUUCUGUAUUGGGGUAACAGCAUCCUUCACUCUGCAAGGAGAAACCCAUUAGUGAUGUUCAAUACUCGCUCUUUUGAAAAGCCUGAAAAAUUGGAGCAUCCUCGUAAAACUGUACGAGAAUUUAGAUAAAAUAGCUCUUUCCAAAGCCCCCUGCAUUUACGGCCAUUUCUUUGAGAGUUCUUUCUCAUUUAUUUACAGUGAAACUCGCGUUCUUUGCAGAAUGAUUAUGUAUGUGGCUCAACUAUGAGGUCAACUCAUGUUGAGGUCAACUAUCAACAACGCUUUACCAUUUGCAACUUUGAAUUUCUACCAGGAAAAAUGUAAAGUAGACAAAAUAUAAAAAUACCAUCAAGUUCAGAAAGGGGUAGUCAGUAUAAAAUUCUAAUGGCUAGGAGCAUCUGGUUUAAAUUACGAGCUUUCGUGCAGAAUCACUGUCAAUGGACUUGUCUGAUCCAUGAAGUACAGAUUCUGCACAAAAGCUUGUCAUUAGAACUAGAUCUUUCUAACCCCAGGAAAAAUGAGGAAAAUAAAUAGGAUAGCCUUCAAAUGUGGGUUAGCACUAAAAUAUAAACAUUUUUGUUGUCAGCUGCAGGCGAGAGUUUCUUGUCGCAAAAGGAGCCUCGCAUACAAAUGAGGUGACAUGAUGCAACAUCAAUUGGAACACUGCCAUGUAAUACUCUCGUGGAAGACUUGACAAUUUCAUUUCUUAGUUUUUCUUUUCUUGACUCGUUGCAAAGCUUGUGCAAUGGGGACAGGAGUCGAGGUAUGGUGCGCACACAAGCCACGUAACGUUUGCUGCAACUCUGGUGUCACCAUGCAUCUCUUGCAUGGACACAGUUUUCAUAAAUCAGCCAGUUUUGUAAAGUAUAUCCGAGAGAACAUUAACCAGGUGCUCUAAGAUGAAAAAGCUUUUCAAAAGCAUCCCACAUAGAUGAGGUAGCAUUUCGAAUGCACAGGUCAAUUACAACAUUUCAUCUAAUCAGUAGUUCCUGUUCAAAACAGUAAAACCUGAUACUGCAUGUAACCAUAAAAAACAACAACAAACGUACAAUAAAAAACACUCGAGAAUCACAACA